AUGAGUUUGCCCCUAAAUCCCAAAACCUUCCUGAAAGGAUUAACAGGAAAGCCAGUAAUGACAAAACUCAAGUCCAGAAUGGAGUACAAAGACCACCUGGUAUCUGCAGAUGGCUAUAUGAACAUGCAGCUCGCAAAUGCAGAAAAAUACAUAGAUGGAGCAUCGUCUGGACAUUUCAGUCAAGUUAUAACAGGGUGUAAUAAUGUCCUUUAUAUCAGGGGUGUUGAAGAAGAGGAAGAAGAUGGGGAAAUGCGAGAAUUGCAGCUUUUGAUGAUGUGA